AUGUCCACGCUCCUUACAGCCCCGCUCUACUGCUAUGCCUGCCACUGUAUGGACUGCCAGAAACAGACGGGUAGCGCCUUCUACCUGAGUCUGAACAUCGAACUCUACAACAUCCAGAUACUGUCUCCGACGAAGCCUUCGUUCCUGAGCCGAGAAGUUAAACCCGGCCUUGUCGAUCGGUAUGCCGAGUGUCCGCAAUGCCAUGUCCAGCUUUGGGCUAGUAACCACCUGGGUGAUGCAGUCGUUGAGCUGAGAGUUGGCACACUGGACUUCCCGUCGCUCAUGGAGCCGGAUAUACACAUUCACGUGGAGAGUAAGCUAGACUGGGUGACUUUGCCGGAGGGCGCGAAGACGGCGCAAAGAGGCCAUGAUUACAAGAAGUCGUGGCCGAAGAGCAGUCUAAAGAGAUUGGACAUGUGUUGGAAGCGCGCAGAAGAGGUGAAGAGGCGGAGGGCUGCUGCAAUGAAGGAGAGUGAGAUUGAGGGCACUGCUGUGGGCGACGAGACUGCGGAUGGGGUCGUGGCGGUUGAGGGAAGUGGAGAGGGCGACAAGACGCCAACCGCAGGAGACAUCGGUGGCGGUGAGGAUGAUGAAGCUGAAGAGCAGAGAUUCCGGGAGACUGAGAAGGCGUUGCUGGAGCGGUUGGAACGAUUGAGUCUCAAGCUGCAGAAUGAGGAAGGCACGAAAAAGGUGGUGGAGACUUGUCUUGAAGACUCGAAGAAGAGUCCAUAA